AAUCACAGGAGAGGUGGGCGGGUUUCCAUUGUUACUACAGAUACUCCGAGAAGUUUGCACCGACCUGCUGCAGCUGCACCUAUGAGUCUCCAUGUAAAUGAAUAGCCGCGGCCCGCGCGAGACAGACGAGCCGAUUAUGCCGAGAUAAGGAGCAUAUGACUCGCCCCUCCGUCCGAUAAUGGCACGCGAUGGUUCAUCCGCGGAGGAUUUCCCGGACAAAGUGAUGCCCAUAGCGGCUCCGUGCACGUGCAGCAAGAAGUGCAGGAGUCGGAGCAGCAGUGUUGUGUUCCUGGGAUUAUUCCUGCUGUCGCUGACCCUUCACGCUGUCACCCUCGUCUGCUAUUUGGACCUCCGGUCCCAGGUCAAAAGGGAAAUUAUUCACCAGAAGCGGGACUCAGUGAUGACACUGGCGGGGAGUGACCUGGCUGACCCGGCGGAGGUGCUCUCGCUCGGCCACCCAGUCCGACUGGACUCCGGCAGCAGCCGCGGAGGAGAGAGUCGUGAGGAGAAGUUACUGUACAGAAAAGCUGACUUCCACGGCACAGAGGAUAACAGGGGCAUAACUCAGCGAGCGAAAAGAAGCCCCGGCAAGGAGCCAGAAACAGAAUCAACUGGAAAGGAAAAAAGGAAAGAGAAGAAAAGAGCGAAAAAAAGGCCUGUGCCAGGACCGCCUGGCCCUCCUGGUCCCCCAGGCCCACAGGGGCCACCGGGUAUCCCUGGAAUCCCAGGUAUUCCAGGAAGCAAUGUUGUCGGGCCUGCAGGGCCCCCAGGACCUCCUGGGCCACAAGGACCGCCAGGCGCUCAAGGUCCAGCAGGGGUUCCUGACAAGGGCAAAACAAAGGAAUUCCAGCCAGCAGUGGUUCACUUGCAGGGGCAGGAAACGACGAUCCAAGUGAGAGAAGAUCUGUCUCAAGGCAUCCUUAAGAACUGGAAGAUGGUGUCCAUCCAUCACCGCGUGUUUAAAAUGCACUCUCGCACUGGGCAGCUAGAGGUGCUGUUGGACGGUGUCUACUUCAUAUAUAGUCAGGUAGAAGUGUACUACCUCAACUUCACUGACAUUGCCAGCUAUGAUGUGAUGGUGGACUCCAGCCCGUUCCUCCGCUGUACUUGCAGCAUUGAGACGGGCCAGCGCAAGUUCAACACCUGCUACACGGCUGGUGUGAGCCCGCUCCGCGCCGGCCAAAAGAUCUACAUACGCAUAGCUCAUGAGUACACACUCAUCAAUAUGACCAACCACACCACUUUCCUGGGAAGUGUCAGACUUGGAGAGGCUCCAUCUGCUGGACAGAACGGAUAACUGCACAGUCACCGGCGCCCACCCCCAACCCCCCGAUGCGUAACCAAAAAGCAGCAGUCACGUUAGCCCAGAGUCACACUGCCUGUUCAUCCUGCCUGACGUGGGAUUGACACAGUAAUUAAAAGCCUAUGUUUUGCCUCUGUUUAGAGGGCUGGUAAAAGUUAAGGACGCCCCUUUAGUGACUUUUGUUCACUUUCACAAGAUGUCUGUAUUCAAAUGAACCAAACAAGACAACUUCUGCUGCCCUUUACUUUAGUUCUGCGAAGAGAUCGAUGAACCAAAUGUUCUCAUCAGAGAGAAGUUUCUAUUUGUAGUCGCCAUUUUGUACCGGCAAAGACGGGAUCUCUCUUUAAAGUGAGGAAGGACACUGUGUUGAUGUAUACUAAGUGCUGUUGAAUGAUAAUCUUGUAUCUCCAAAAAAAAAACCCAAAAAACAAAUAGCUAAAAAAUAGCUAUUUGAAAUGUUUUGUUCUGGGGCUUUGUUGGCCUUUUUUAAUUCAUUUGAAUAUAUUAACAGUUUAAAGAAAAUGAAAGAUGAUGCAAAUGUUCAACACAAGUAUAAAAGUAUCUAUGCAAAGUAAAGAAAAUCCACUAAAACUGGAGUUAUAAGGUGUUCACAGAGCAACAGCACUAUAUAUUUUGCACGCAUUUGCACUACAACAUCCCUGCAGAAUAUCAGUGAUAUGUUUUGUUACAGCGCUAUUGUUUAGUUACCUUAUGAAUGAAUCCAUGUAGAGAAAUGAUAGUUGUUAAUACAUGUCUGUACAUACUGUAUAUAAAAUGGGAUAUACUUUUGUAAAUGGAGUUGAUUGAUGGAUUAAAAUGUUUCA